AGGGUGUUAGCCCCGCCUCUCUCUCCACGUGCAUGUGAGAGACUGUAUAAGAGAAGAUUCUCCAUUCAUAAAUUGUUAUAGUUAUUUCAUCUUUACAAACUUUUACUCCAAUUAGUGCAAUAUUUUUGCUUUUUUUUCUACAGCCAUGGUGUUCUACAUUGUGCCAGCGGUGCUUUUCGCUUUCGCAGUAUCCACUGUUGAAUGCCGCUCCUUGUCUUGUAAUUUGAACUGCCCCACCGGAACAAAAUGCGUUCUUCAGAGGAGUACUUGCGAAUACCCGCCAUGUAAACGUUACCCUGUCUGUCUCGAUGUUAAUCCACCUUAUCAGAGUAACCAUGUCCCAGCCGUAGUUUCCCGCCCAGGGAGAUGCCCUGUCCCCACGACACCUGGACCAUGUACAACACAAUGUCAGAACGAUGCUAUGUGCCCCAACAAUGGAAUCUGUUGUUAUAAUGGCUGUGGCUUUACGUGCAGCAGACCACAAACCAAACCAGGUACAUGCCCUCGAUAUCUUCGGAACGAAAACCUCUGUGGAAUGGACUGCUCGAAUGAUAGUGACUGCCCGGGGGUUGAGAAAUGCUGUCUUACGGCCUGUGGGAGCACUUGUUCAAGACCCUGUUAUUACUACCUAUUCAAUACUGCAAACCAAGUAGCUGGCGUCCGAUCGGCAUUUUGGUCCCUUCCGUACAUGUGUCGCCGAAUGUAGCACCUGCCCAACUUCAGAUGUCUUGAAUUUGC